CCCCCUGCCACACACAUGCCAUGCAGGAUAAGGAUCAGAAAAGGAAGGUGGAGAGAYAACAAAGAGAACUUGKAACAAAACCURAUCAKAUCAUCAUAGCUGUAUUCCUUUGACAACUUUAAUUGACACACCUAGAGUAAACAGGACUUGGCAGUGUUUGCUGUCAUUCCUCUUACAAGCCAGUGUCAUUUGUUCGGUCAAUAACCUGCAGUGAAGACAGCAUCAGCUGUGAUCUAAGGAGAUGGCUUCUUUAAGGUUGACGCGUCACAUGGGCCUUAUGUUAAGGAACCUUUGUCUCAUCUUUAUGGGUAUGUUCCUUUCAUUUGUCUUUUGGGAAGCUGGCUCUGGCAGGUGGUCAUCGGCUGAUCUUGUAAUACCACAGCAGUUCUAUACGGACCUGCCCGUCUGCUUAGCCAUCAUCAGUGGAGACACAGAGGGGAAGAGGAGAAAAUUAAAAGAGCUUUUGGCAUCUAGGACGAAGCACAACCUGUUGUCUGCGGAUUUCUACCUUAAUGUGACAAAGGACUGUCCAGCUUACAAAAAAAAGAGAGGUUUCAUUACAGUGCCUUUCAGUGAAGAGGAGAAUGAUUUUCCCAUUGCCUACUCCAUGGUGAUCCAUGAGAAAAUUGAAAUGUUUGAGCGACUUCUUCGAGCACUUUAUGCACCUCAGAACAUCUACUGUGUGCACGUGGACCAAAAGUCCUCCAAAGAUUUCCGGGAGGCCGUGCAGGCUAUUGUUGCCUGUUUCCCCAAUGUGUUUAUAGCUAGUAAAUCAGAGAGUGUGAUUUAUGCCUCAUGGUCCCGUGUGCAGGCAGAUCUGAACUGCAUGACAGAUCUGUUGAAGUCACCCGUAAAGUGGAGGUACCUGCUCAACACAUGUGGGACCGACUUCCCGAUAAAAACCAAUGGAGAGAUGGUUAAAGUACUCAAGAUUCUAAAUGGAAGAAACAGUAUGGAGACUGAGGCGGCCAAUGACUACAAGAAAGGCCGUUGGCAGUAUCAUCACAAUGUUGCAGACGGUGUCAUCAGGACAGAUGUGAUGAAAAGUCCUCCACCGAUUAGCAGCCCGAUGUUCACAGGGAAUGCCUAUGUUGUGGUCUCAAGAGCCUUUGUGACACAUGUGAUGCAGGACACAGAGGUUCAGAAACUCCUGGAGUGGGUGAAGGACACAUACAGCCCUGACGAGCACUUGUGGGCCACUCUACAGAGGAUGCCCUCUGUACCCGGAUCAACGCCUGCCAACAACAAGUAUGAUGUAACAGACAUGCAGGCCUUCGCUCGUGUGGUGAAGUGGGGCUAUUUGGCAGGUGAUGUAAAAAAUGGAGCUCCGUAUCCUCAUUGCACUGGUGUUUACAGACGCUCCGUUUGUGUGUARGGAGCUGGUGACCUCCAGUGGCUGCUGAGUCAAAAACACCUUCUUGCAAAUAAGUUUGAUGUUGAGGUUGACGAGAUUGCGAUCAGAUGUUUGGAGACAGUAUUGCGUUUCAGAGCUUCAGGUCUUGACCCACUGCUAACAGAUGAAUCUUCUACCAUUUUGUAAUAUUAAUGAUCAUUAAAAUGUAUAAUAUUAAAGCAUUGUCAUUAAGAAAUGGCCUAGUAUAAAAUCAUCAAGGGUCUUCUACUGGGUUGUCUUAAAAGAUUCUGCUCCUGUUGUAUUUUCAAAAUAUUACUUAUUGUGAUGGGAUGUUAACUUUAUGAAUAUAUAUUUUCAACUUGGUCAAAGUGCACCACACUGCUCAUUGUGUUUAGUGAAUGAAAAUGUGUUUAUAAAGUUUUUCAAAAUGGGUGGUUCAGAUUUGCAAGAUGUGCCUAAGCAGAUGAACUGUGUUCAAAGUUUUGCCAGCUGUGUGAUUGAUUCGAUAAAGUUGUUUUGCCAGUUGACUCCCAGUCAAACCACAUUCACUGCUUCACUGAAGUGAAACAACAGAAACACCUGCGGGAAAUUAUGUAGAACAAAGUCACACCUCUAACACAUGCAGGAACAAGUAAUUACCAAGUCAUAUGAAAAUCAGAGCAGUCACAAAAAUAUAUUAAUUUCUCUCCUUUGUCACCUUUU